UAUAUAUUUUUCGUUUAUCACUGUGAUGAUUAUAUAUAUAUAUAAUUAUAAAUAUUAGUAUUUAAGACAGUUUGAAUGUUGCUUUUCUUGCCACUUUAGUCUAGAAGGAUAAAAAAAAGGAAAAAAAAAAAACGAAUGUUAUUUCGAUGUAUUAUUAAGGGUUUAUAAGGGAAAUAAGAUAAAAAGAAAAGAAGGAAGGAAGGUAGGAAGGAAAAGAGAAAGGAGGAUUUACGAACCACAAAAUGACAUUGGCCUCUUUUUACGAACUUAAUAAUUAUGUUCGAUCUAAUCGUAUGAUAUAUGCGAACGAGCAUCGUCGUUAAAUAUUCUACGUGUUUGAUUGAUGAAAAAAUAUGUGGGCAAAUUCUCCAUAAUACCGAUAACAAAUCGUUAUAAAAGAAGUUGGAUUAAAAAAAAAAAAAGAAAGAAAAAAAAAAAGGAAAGAAGAACAAUCAACGAUAUGAUUCCUUUUUAUAUGAAUAUAAAAUAAUUUUUUGAUUGCGUAACAUUUUCAAUAUAUCAUGAUGCGUUAAUUUCUAUAUCACAUAUAAACAGACUAUCUCGACGCGUUCGUCCAUAAAAUAUAAAUUAUUUAAACGAAGGGCAAAAAUAAUAACAAAGGUGAAAAGGGAGACGAUUAGAAAGGGAUUUUACAUUUUUGCUAUUAACGAUCGCAGGAAAUGAUAUUUUACCGAAGAAGAAUUAAAAAGAAGAAGAAAAAGAAGAAGAAGAAGAAGAAUUAAAAAUAAUAAUAAUAAUAAUAUGAUAUAUAUAUAUAUUAUCGAUCGUCAAAACCUCGAACAUCGACAAGUUUUAAAAAAAAAAAAAAAAAAAAAAAAACUCAUUGCCUUUACGUACAUACAUACGUCGCUCGUUAACGAAGCGUUAAAAAAAAUCUAAUCGAACGAAUAGCUUUUUAUAUUUUCGAUCUCAUAUCUGCCUUUUCCGAGUGCUAGUUUAUUCUGAUAAUAACGAUAUAGUAUUUCUGUAAAGUGUCAGACAAUGCCGACUCGAUGGUAUAUGAACUAGCAUCAUGUGUAAUGUUUAUUAUAUUUUGAAUACGAAAUAUAUACAUAUAAAAAAAAAAAAAAAAAAAAAAAAAAAAAAAAAGAAAAAAAAAAGAAAAAAAAAUGAAAAAAUGACUUUUUGUAUAUCCGAUACGUUGUUUUAUUAAAUUCUUUCAUUUCCCUUUGAAUUUCCCUCCGUUUGUAAUUCAAAGAGGAGACAAAAUAUGGAUUUACGUUAGAUUCCAAUGUAACAAAUUCGGAUUUUGUCGAGCGUGUUAUUAAAAAUAAAACAUUUUUUCAAAAAAUUGAUUUAUAAUAUUUUAAUAAUAUUUUUCAUAUAUAUUUCGAUUUAACAAGACAAGAUAAAUGUGUAUCAUAGAAACAUAUAUACUGAAUGAUUGAAUGCCAUAUUAUUUUCUUUUCAAUCGAGAAGACGUAUAUGUUUAUCAUAACAAUAUCAAAUAUCCUUAUCUCCUUAUCGUCUCUUUGCUUAUUCAUUUGUUAAAAACAUUGAAUAUUGAUUGUUAGAUUUAAAUAAAAGACGAAAGAGAAAUGAGUGAUUGCUUUUAAUCUUUAUUAUUAUUAUUCAAAAAUUCGCGGAAAUAGUUCUGCCAAUGCGGAACUAAGAAAGCGAGUAAGAAAGAGACAGAAAUAUAAAGCGAGAGAGAGAGAGAGAGAGAGAGAGAGAGAAAGAGAAUUACGAUGAUAUCGCCAUCUACGAGGGUAGUUAAAGGGUGAAUUUUUCUAUAUAGCGCGUGUUCUAUGACAGAUCGACGUAGGUUUGCAAAAUUUUCGCGGUGGUGAGUUUGGCGGCACACGUGAGCCAUGUCAUACACGAUAAGCGUUGCCUCGAGAACGUUGAAUAUCAUCGUAGAAGGAUACGAAGAGAGACAGAUAUAGAUACAUCUUAUCAAUUGAUAUAUGAUAAAGAUAGAAGAGGAAGAAGAGACGAAUUCAAAGAAAAUCCAAAGGAGAAGUUACUUUUAUUAUUUCUUUUAAACAUUUUAAAAUAUGUGGAUAGAACCCACGUGGACUUGCAAUCAAUAGUGCAGUGUUGUUGCACGGGGGUCAGUCAACCCGCGCUCGAGGUCAACUCCAUGGUGUCUUCUCUCUGGAAGCUUGCGAGCCCGCUCGAUAGCCUGUUCUCGAUGUCGAAUUAAAAGAAAAUAGGAAGAGUGCAGAAAGAAAAGAGAUAGAGAUAGAGAUAGAGAUAGAUAGAGAGAGAGAGAGAGAGAGAGAGAGGGAGGAAAGAAAAGAGGAGAAAAAAAUUAUUACAAAAUCAACGGGAAGACGAGCGACAAAAAGAAAUCAAGGGAACGGACUUCGCGACUGAUGGGACGUACGAACAUAAAAAAAAAAAAAAAGGGGGAAAUACUUAACCUAAAUCGUUCAUAAUCGCCAAAAGCACUUUAAUCUUCGUUCCGAGAUUCACGGUGGCGGCCUCGAUGGCGGCGGUGCCUCGUCGAAGUAAAAUAAUUGAAUAAGCCGGAGGCGGAAGCUAGGCUAGGAAGAGUAGAGGGUUAGCAGGGAGAAAGGAUAGAAAGAGACAGACAGACGUCGAGAGAGAUAGAUAGAUAGAUAAAGAAAGAGAGAGAGAGAGAGAGAGAGAGAGAGAGAGAGAGAGAGAGAGAUAGAGAAAAGUACCUUUCGUAAGACGAAAUUUAUAAUAAUUCUAUCGGCACCCACAGGGCUCUGUAAGAGGGAUGAUAAGGCUCCUUUCCUUUUGACUAAGAGGAAGGACCUUCGUCGUUCUUUAGUCCUUCCAAGAAGGAGCAGUUAAAGAGAUAAGACGUUAAGAAGAAAGAAAGAGGAGAAUCGCGCUGUUCCAAUUUCAAGAAGGAGAAGAAUAACAAUAUUAAUAAUAAUAAUAAUAGAAAAAGGAAAGAGACGAGAGGAACGAAGGGAGAAAAAAAAAAAAGUAAACUUUAAAUCGAGAAGCAAGACAGAGAGACAGAGAAAGAGAGAGUGAGUGAGUGAGAGAGAGAGAGAGAGAGAGAGAGAGAGAGAGAGAGAGAGAGAGAGAGAGAGAGAGAAAAGGUAAAUGUUAUCGAGAUCAGACGUUGUCUUGGAACGUUCGAGUUUUUGUCGAGCGUGAGAUGGUCCUCGUGAAGCGUCGUCACAAAGGUGAAAUCAGUCGGGUCAGGGACAUCGAGUUGGAAAGAGGAAAUCGUCGUCGUCGAGGCUGUCACUGGAAUAGGAGAGUCUCGAAAACGUCGUUGGCGUCGUUGAAGGAGAGACCGAGAGAAGGAGAAUAAAUAAAAGAGCCUCGUGACGGAGGGACUUCGUACGGCCCUGGCGCGGCUGCGGCACUGCGCCCCCACAGGGGGCUCUCUGCCAAAUACCCCGAAUCUACCCUCUACCCCCGAACAUAAGGCUCACAUUGUAAAACACGUCGAACGACAAUAAUCAUUCGUAACGAGAGGAGCGGCUAGUCUCGAAGAUGGCGAAUUUAUCGGGACGCCUCAUUAAAAAAAAGGGAAGGAAUGGAAGGAAGAAAUCGUGUUUCUUGCUAAUAGCGGUACCCAAUCACGUGCAUAGCUCUAUCCAGCUCGCGAGACAUUUAAUCGAAAAGGGAUGUUUGGAGAAUCGUGGCUCCCCUGGGAGGAGCGGCGGAGCAGGAGGAGGAGGAGGAGGAGGAGGAGAAGCAGGAGGAGGAGGAGGUUCACGGGGUACCGGGUGUGAUUCAGGAGAUUCGCAGUCGCAGCCAUCUCGCGGAGGACGUCAUGGAGCCUCGGAAAGUUCUUCAUCGAAGGACGGUGACCUGCUUUCACAUGCGGCUUCCGCUUUGCGUAGACUUCACUUCAAAUCCGCUGGUGGAAGUCGUAGCUGUCGUACGGUGCCAAAGGUCGUGGUCAUGGGUUCCAGUACAGCGUCUGAGACCACGAUUAACACCAGUACCGAUAGCGCCAACACUAUGGUCACUAUGGUGACGACGACGGACGGAGAACAACCGGACGACAGUUUUGACUUGAUAGACGUACCACCGGAAAUGUCGCCGCCACCUGUCGCGCCAACGUCGAAGGACACACAAAGUAAUUCUUCCGGCACGCAACAAAUCGUUCUUCCAUUGGAGAAGGUCGAUUCCAAUCAUGUAGAAUAUAAUUCGAAAGGCACGGUCAACGUACAAUCCAGCAGCACUGCCCAGCACGGUGCCAUGUCGUCGCCGAUUUCUGAUAUGGUAAACGACACGGGGGCACCCCCACCAACCCCUAUGAUUGGAGCUCAUCAAGAGUGCAGGUUCACUUUUAUUAGCGGUAGAACACCACCCCUUCCUGAUCUAAGGGCAGCCGAAUUUUUCAGUACACCGGUAAGAGGUUCGGUGGAUGCCGGACAACCUGAUCCAAGUCAGAUAAGUUCAAUGCUAACAUUGAUGGCAACGAAAGAGAAACAAAAUGAGAAGGGUGCCUCGAUCAACAUUAAUUCUAAUCACACGUCACUGGUGAAGAUUACAGAACCCAGUGAGAAAAAUUCCAAUGAAACGAAACAUCCAACUGGACAAAAAAAACCUAAUAUCAAUGUUACGACAAAUCCAUUGGAUAUUUCUUUGGUCGGUGGUCAACCAUCUUGUAAUGCACAGACUCCGACUGGUACUAUGAAUAGAGGUCGAGGAAGAUCAGCGCCAGGAGGGAGCGCCGGUGGAACAAAGAGAACGACCCAGGCGACGAUCGUGGUCCAACAACCGUCCCUCUCAUUGGACGCACCAGCUGCUACCAUUCUUCUACAUCCAGAUGCGGAUGCAAGAAGACGAGAGGAAAAUAUGAGACAAUUGCUUGAUGUUGCGAACACUCUCACCCUUCAGGAAAUUCACGACUUCGAAAUGAGAUAUGGAAGUCCACAUCACAGUCGUUCGCAGUCCGUGAAAACUCCGGGUAGCCGAUCGUCCGGUCGGCCAAAUUACUUGUGUCUUCCGCAGCAAAGGUCGAGGGUGGCCAGUAUGCCGAACACAGGGGUCGAAGAAGAGUAUUACAGGCUGAGGCAUUUCAGUAUUACCGG